AUGGAGUUUGUUGGUGUUGCAGUGGUCAAUGGAUUUGAGGUGAUUUACUGCAGCAAGAACAGCAUGACAGCUGAAACCAGACAGGACUGGGUGAAGGAACUAAUACCAACAUACUGGUUCACAAAUGAAUGUCGUGAGAGUGAAAGCUUGUUAAGUCUCAACAUUGAAGCGCUAAUGAAAAGCUUUAACCACAAAAAAGGUGUUCACACAUUUCAGAGGAUGUCUGGCUGUGAAUGGGAUGAUGAGACGGGCGAGGUGAAUGGUUUUAAUCAGUUUGGUUAUGAUGGAGAAGACUUCAUUGCAUUUGAUUUAAAGACACGUACAUGGAUUCCUACAAAGCCACAGGCUGUGAUCUUCAAACUGCAGUGGGACAACAACAGAGAGGCAUUAAAUAGAGAAAGGAAUAAUGUCAUCAUAAUCUGUCCUGAAAUGCUGAAGAAAUUUUUGAACCACGGGAGGACAUUCCUGGUAAAACCAGCUUUUCCCUCAGUUUCUCUCCUCCAGAAGACUCCUUCCUCUCCAGUCACCUGCCAUGCUACAGGUUUCAAUCCUGACAAAGUGAACAUGGUCUGGAGGAAAGAUGGAGUUGAGAUUCAUGAGGACGUGAACAGAGGAGAGAUCCUCCCCAACAAUGAUUGGACCUUCCAGAUGAGUGUUGACCUGGAAAUGUCAUCAGUCAGACCUGAAGACUGGGAAAGAUAUGCCUGUGUGUUUCAGUUCUCCGGUGUGAACCAGGAUAUCGUCACCAAACUGGACAAAGCAGUGAUCUGGACCAAUAAGGGCCCAUCCAACAUCCUUCCCUGCCAACUGAUCCAGAUCAACACCAGGUAG